CAUGGAUCACGCCCCUGUGAGGCUUUUGUAUUUUACUGCUUUUACUUGUUACAGGUACGCAGAGGGGUAGACAGAGCAGAUAUAUACAGUAUUGCCCUAUCUCCAAAUGUUCAGUGGUUGGCCGUGUCGAGUGACAAAGGCACUGUCCACAUAUUCAGUCUCAGAGUGCGGGUAGUUGGUGAUGACCUGUCAACUGAGGUCACUGGUGUUAAUUGUUCAGCAUUAGAUCAUCAAAGUUCUUCAAACUCUCUUGAUGGUCUCGUCUCGCCAAAUACUGGUGCUAAUCCCAGCUCAUCAUUGUCUUUCCUGAAAGGGGUUUUACCUAAAUAUUUCAGCUCAGAAUGGUCAUUUGCUCAGUUA